UAACAUUUCCCAUAAAGAAAUGAAUAAACUACUCAGAUCCGAUUUUACCAAAGUUUACGUGUUGACAAUCCCGAUUUCAUUCGAUGUCCCAAUAAUUCUUCACUUCAAGCUCUGCACAAUUUGUUUUAAUCAAACUUAUCAUCGAAAUCCCAAACAAGUGCAUACUAUUUACGUGCCUGUAUUGUUUCUUUCACAUUUCCACAAACAUUUGGUGGGUUUCAAUUCAAUUCUUUGAGUUCUCACCUAACCUUCUUGUUAUCAUCACCACAUAGAAACAUGGUUUAUCACUCUAGUUUCGUAGACGAUGAAGGAAUUAACAGAGCUUGUGGGUGCCCUCUUCUUCCUCUAAAAAGUCACAUUAAGGGUCCAGCUCCUGUUUCAGAUCAAGAUAGAACUGAUAUUGUGGAUGAAGCAAUCACAUUCUUCAGAGCCAAUGUGUUCUUCAGAAACUUUGAUAUCAAGAGUCCUGCUGAUAAGCUUCUAAUAUACUUGACUUUUUACAUCAAUGUUGCUCUCAAGAAGCUUGAAGGUUGUAGAACUUUGGCUGAAGGAACCAAAGCAAUUAUCAAUUUGGGUCUUGAAAAUGUUCCUGUUCCUGGAGAGUCUGGUUUUCCUUUUCCAGGACUUUUCCCUCUUCCUCAAUCACACAAAGAAGCAGAAUUGUUUAGAAAUUAUUUGAAGCAGAUAAGGGAAGAAACAAGCGGAAGGUUACUAAGCGUUGCAUACAGACCUAAUGGCACUCCAAAUAAAUGGUGGUUGGCAUUUGCAAAAAGGAAAUUCAUGAAUGUAAUCACCCGUUGAACUGUUUUGGCAAAUAUGUAAUUGCUUGAAUCAUAGAUUAAGCUGUCAAAAAUACACUUCAACACUAUUGAUCUACCAAUAAAAAAAUAUAAUAAUUCUUGAGGGGCAUGUUGCUUAUCUGUUUUGAAUAUUUUAUUUUGAAAAUCCUCAACUACUGCUAGCUAGGUAGAAUUCAUAAUGGCAAUCGUUUUCACGUCUACUUUGCUCCUCAUGCUGAAGUGAGUGAUCAUAAUUGGGCUAUAACCCUAACCUUUGCUUGUGCCGGUGGUGCUGGUCAUGUUUAGCUGUUGUAUUGUCCAUGAAGUUAUAGCAGAAUUGCAUCAUCUAUACUACUGCUUCA